UUGUGGAGGAAACUUUUUUGCUCCAGAGAGAGAGAGCGGCUCCUCCUCUCCACGCUUCAGACCUGCGUCCACAUCAGCGGGACACUUUGUGCACAAACCCCCGCUUCAUGAAAACACUUUGAACUCCUGUGCUCCUGUGUUUCCUGUUACCUGUGAGCACGAGGAGGGAUUACCGGGGAGCACGGGGGAGGUGAUGGAGCGGUCCCGGUAAAGUUGAAGCCUCAAGAUACAUCUGUCUGUCCGGCUUCCUCCGGUGCUCCUACCGCGCUCAGCGAGCGGCUGCAUCCCCGCCUCGGAGGCCAUGGGCUGCGGCUUGCGGAAACUGGAAGACCCGGAGGACAGCAGCCCCGGGAAGAUCUACUCCACCCUGAAGAGACCACAAGUGGAGACCAAAGCAGAGACGGUGUACGAGUAUGUGCUGCUGGACUUCAGCCUGGAAGGAAGCCGUCCAACGGUGCAGUAUGUGGCUUCACUUUCCGAGUUGCCCCAGGCCCUGCAGCCCUACUACACGCAAGGCUACGUCCUGACCGCCUUGCACCCCAUCAUCCUGUCUGUGGGCCGAACCCGCUCACUCCCCUUCAGCCUGCUGUACCGCGCCAUCAUGGCCCGUCCCAGACCCAGUAAGCAGAUGGCGUCCAUGUGUUACAGUGUGCCGAUGUUGAAGGUGGAGGAGUGGCCGUUACCUGGAGAGUCGCUGACGGGCGACACGGUCCGAGCGCUCAUCGACAGGGUGAACAGCAGUGCCCGGGGGGCGUUCGAUUCGUUGGCUCAGUCCCUCCAGCAGGUGAGCGGGAUCACUAACGGCAGGGUGCACAGUCCGAAGAGGGGCUGUCGCUCCCCUCCGCGCACCCCCCCUCGUACUCCGCCCGGAGACGCAGAGCUGGAAGAAAACACCUACAGUCUGCCUGUACUUGAGGUGCUGGUCUUCUUCCACGCCUGGGCUCCGGGCUGCGCUCCUCUGGACUCCCUGGCCUGUCAGUACCACCAGGGGGCGCUCUCUAUGCGCGUGUCCAGGAAGGGUCAGGUGGUCAGCUCGCUGGAAGCUGAUUGGCUGGAGCUGACUGCUGCUUAUUACCGCAAAGGCUGGUCGUUGGUGGACUCCUUCGUCUACUGGGACACCCCUAAAGGCGAGCCCGUGCCCAGAUCGCUGGAGGGACUGUUCGUGUAUGAAGAGAGAAGCACCGCUCCGCCUGCCAACGACACCAUCGUCGUAGAGCAGUGGACUGUCAUCGAGGGCUCCAGUGUGAAGACGGACUACGGGCCUCUGCUUCACACGCUGGCUGAGUUUGGUUGGCUGCUCACCUGUGUGCUGCCCACUCCCAUCAUCCGUCACGACAGUGACGGGAAUCUGGCCACCAAGCAGGUUGUGUUCCUCCAGCGGCCGGUCAGAGGUCAGGCAGCCGGGCAGGUGAGAGGAGAGAAGUGGGGCGCGCACAGCGACGUGUCCAGCCGCUCUGUGAGUCGAGCGGUCAGCAGCCCCGUCCCUCCAGAGGAGCUGUCUCCGACGGCCGGAGGCAUCGGGGGCUUCCCGGUGUUCGGAGGGGGGUAUCCCAGCGCCCUGUCCCACCUGGAGGAGGGCGGCUUUGAGCAGGAAGAGGGCAAAGCUGAAGUCACCUGUAUGUGAGCAGCAGACUGACGCGGAGGAUCGUCCCACAGACUGAUGAUCGUCCCACAGACUGAUGAUCGUCCCACAGACUGAUGAUCCGCCGGCACGUUUAUGACAUCCUUCAUUUUAACUUUAAUGUAGAAGAACGCGGCACUUUAAAAAUGUUUUUAAUUAAGCCAUAGUGAGAAUGAGGUUUAUUUAGAUCUGUCACGUCCAUGGGAGAAACUUAACACGGAUUUAAAUCCUCUUUUUGUUAAAGGGAUGUCCACCUGUGGUGAGUUCAGGAGCCCGUGGGGAUUAUCACAACACUAUGAAACAGUUUCUGCACAUGUUGGAAACCUGCUGGUGAAAUGACUUUGUUUUCACAUGGUGUUAUAAUUCUUAAUCCCCCCCUCAUCGUUUUUUAAUCACCCCUUCAGUGUUUCAAAUGAAAAGCUCCUCGUGUAGCCUGAGGCAGGAUGUGGAUCUGCAUCAGGGACAUGUGGUACGAACAUUUGUAUUUCUGGUGCUACGAGUAACUUUCAGUGUAACUGGAGAAAUCAUGAGUAGAUUUUAAAAUAUGUAAUAUUUCCAUCCGCCAUGAUAUUAGUGCAAAUUGCUGCUUCAGUGUUUAUGGUACGGGCACUUCAUCUCUGAGUGAAGCGUUCAGAAUAAUAUUCAUUUAAACUAUGAUCAACCAAUAUAUAUUUUUUAAAGGGGAACUCCACCGAUUUUACACUCGAGUGUCAGUUUAAUGAAAAUCUGGAGUCAACACAGCCGAAUCUGACCGCGGUGGAGUUGCAUUGUGGGUAAUGUAGGCACCAGGUUCAGACCAGGAAGAAUUAUUUGUGGAAUCUUUUUUAAAGACUCCGAUUUUUAUACUUUUAUUAUAAAAACUAUUAGAGAAAAUGUCAUCGGUGGAGUCCUUAAUACUAUGAAAGGGAGUGUUUUUUAAAGACACAAUGCUGGUGUGUGUGUGUGUGUGUGUAUAUAUCUUAGAUUUUAGUAUUCAUUGGGCUUCAGCUAAUUGUGAUGCAUGUUACUUUUGCAUUUUGGGGGAAGGGAUCAAAUGUGGCAAAUGUAUUUGAAGUGUUCCAGUAAUGUACAUCGUCCAUGUUUUAAAUGCAUUUUACAUCAUGAUUUACUAAAUGUCAGUAUUAAUAUUCCAGCCUUGAGUUGUACAUUUUGCUUUUUUUAUUGUAUUAAACAUUUAUUUCAGUGUU